AUGUCAGCGUACACGAUUUACGCCGUUUUUGCGGUGGCGGUGGCUGUGACUGUGACGGCAAUCGAACAACCGGACGAGGUCGGUCCCGCGGGGGUGUUCGAGAAAUCCGUUUCGGAAAUGAUGGAGCACGAGAAGGGCAUGACCAAGGACGUUGCGGAGAUGUUGGUGGCGAAUGAGUCCCUGGGUAGGGCGAAGGUGGCGGACAAUGUAGAUGCUGCUGAGGCGGUGGCACAGACCGAGAAGCUCAACCGGGCGCUGAUGGCCAUGGACGAGGUGCAGAGGACCGCUGCCGACGUGUACGACCGAAGUUACGACGACUUCCUGGACCUGUAUCCGGCGUGGCGCAUGUACCUACUUUGCGACAAACCCAGGAAAAAGAGGGCCCUGCUUAAGCGCUACAGGGCGAUGUUGACCCGUUACAAUGCGGGCCGAAAGGCGCUCAUCGAGGACCUGGGCGUGCUUGUUGGCCUCGAGAAGGCGCUGUUGCCGUCCAACGCGUACGCAGACCCCGACCACCGGAUCAAGCCGUCGGCCGACACGGUCGCUGUGCUUGACAACUUUGCUUUACAACCUAAAGACUCGUCCAGCCGAAUUUCCGACGACAAUGUUUCCGAUUUCCCGUCAUAA